GCUUCAGUUAAAGCAGACGGUCUACCAGGAAUUCCGGGACUGCCAGGACGAGAAGGCCCAAAAGGAGAACAAGGAUACCCGGGGCCUCCGGGAAUACCGGGACUACCAGGCCCUCCAGGGUUGCCCGGUGGAUCGCUCGGUAAGUCCGGUUCAGCGGACCUCCCCGGCGCACCAGGAAUGCCAGGAAUGCCAGGACGGCCAGGAAUGCCAGGACCACCAGGAUUCUCGGGUGCAAAAGGAGAUAUGGGUUUUCCUGGUCCCGCAGGACCUAAAGGGGAGCCUGGAGAUUGCUGUACUUCUGAAGGUCAAAAGACUUCCGUACGCGAAAAACGUGCCAUGUAUCUACGUCCUUAUGGUGGUGCACAAGGAAUGAAAGGGGACAAAGGAGAUCAAGGACCAAUCGGUGAACCUGGCCAUUGUGAUGUAAGGGUCAUAAAAUCUGUCAAUUUAGAUGAUGAGGCAAAACAAAUCGUGAGUAUUAUUUCAGAUUAUGUCAUAUCUAGGGACAUCAAAGCACAAGCGUGAAUUUUCAAGUAGAUUUACUUGUUUCAUAUAACGAGAAUGAUCAAUGCCUGCAUGUAAAAAGUAAACAAUUUUUGAAGUGGGCAUACUUUUAGCUUCAACUAAGCUAGCUUUGAGAAGAUUUUGCAUCAGGGAACAGAUAUCAAUUAAAAUUCAUAUAAGAAAGACUCGAAUACAAAUCAUUUUAAUUGA